AUGUCUUCUUCAGGUUCUCCAGACUCGAAUGUUUUGACUCCAGGAACUCACGUCUAUCCAUUCUCCUUUCAGUUCCCUAAUGAGGGCAUUCCUUGCUCCUUCAGCGGCAGACAUGGAAUGACGUCAUACUGCCUGGAGGCUGUUCUGAGCAGAACAAUGAAGAGGAACAAGAAGAGCUGGAUCCCGAUAAGUUUUGCUGCAAAAGCAGACAUAAACUCAAUCCCUGGGUUGAUGGAACCUGUACAUGAAUCGGUGGAAAAGAAGAUGAAAGUUUUCACGUCAGGAAGUGUCGCCAUGGAUGUUAAACUUGAGCGAUCAGGUUUCUUCCAAGGAGACGACGUGAGCGUUUUAAUUAGGAUUCAGAACAAUUCACCCCACGAUGUGAAGCCCAAGUACUCUAUAUACAGGAAGGACAGUUUCUUGCAGGGGGGGAAGAGAAAAUGCGUGACGAGAGACAUAAUCAAAGAGGAGGGAACACCCAUCCCUCCAUCUGCCUCAGAAAACGUUGCAAAUGUCUUCACCAUUCCCAAAGAUCUGCAGCCCUCCAUGCUCAGCUGUAGCAUCAUCAAAGUCGAGUACAGGUUAAAGGUCUACCUUGAUGUGAAGCAUGCUUUAGACCCAGAGAUUAAAGUUAAUAUAGUCAUCCUGCCAGCCUCUGAAGUGCCUUCUGUGGAACCUGCUGCCGACUUCAUAAAUGGCUCACAGGGGAACUGUGGGAAUCCUGACCAUCCAGACAGGGGCUUUGCACGUCCAUGUCCACCAGCAGAGCCCUCGACUUCUAGUGGUCCUACCUAUGGGGCAAUUUGA